CUUGUUCUUCAACAUGACAAGAACCAUUUAAUAGGAUAAAAUGAAAGAAAUGUAAUUCAAUGCAUGAGAUAUGCAGCAUUCGAAGAAUAAUAAAGCACUCUUGGUUACAGCAUGCGAGAGAAGAGGAUAGUUUUGUCCUAGAAAGAAGGGUCAAAUUUUAUGUUUGAAAAUCUCACCUACCCAACGGAAGGCAUCCAGUCGCCUGAGAAGAAACCGAAAGUGAGAGGAUGGACGACCGGGAUUUGCCCGGUGGUGGGAUGCACACAACACACCGUAGGUCUUGAGCUAUGAUCACUGUUCUUCACUUUGGUGCAACGAGGUACACCUGUUCUUGCUUAAUGAGCAGGCCUCCAUGUCGCGGAGUGCAUUCACUGCCUAGGCUGAAGCAACUGUUUGAGAAAGCACCGUCGCCGUCCAAUUCUUCUUCAUGGGUGGCUGCCAUGAAAGGAGCUUCAUCCCCUCUUGAAGCAUUGGGCUUUUACGCCCACAUGCACCGACAGGGUGUGCUCCCCAACAGCUUCCUUUGCCUCUUGGUCCUCAAAUACUGCACUGCUCUAUCCCACCCCUACAUGAUUCUCCACUUCCAUGCCCACUUUCUCAAGAUCGCUCUCCAUGGUCAUCUCUACGUUGGUACCGCACUCGUCAAUGCUUAUGCAAGUUGUAACAGGAUUGCGGAUGCUCAGAAAAUGUUCGACGAAAUGUCCGCAAGAAACACUGUCACAUGGAACACCUUGAUCACUGGAUAUUCCAAAUGUGGGGACAUUGAAACGGCAUGGUUGGUAUUUGACGCCGUACCGGAAAGGAAUGUGGAGUCUUGGUCUGCUAUAAUUUCGGGGCAUAUGAGAGUUAGUAGGUGGGCUCAAGGCCUUGAACUUUUCAGGGAGAUGCAGUUGGCUGGUGUCAAGCCUGAUAAGGUGGCCCUCAUAAAUGUGCUGUCUGCUUGUGCUCAGGUUGGUAGCAUGGGGCUCGGCAUGUGGAUCCAUGCCUACAUUCAGAAAAAUGGUUUUGAGUUACGAGUUGAGCUUGGAACGGCGUUAGUUGACAUGUAUGCAAAAUGUGGGUUCAUAGAUGGUGCUCAGCAGGUGUUCGGUUUGAUGCCUGAGAAGAACAUAAUGACAUGGAGUGCCAUGAUCAGUGGGUUGGCCAUGCAUGGAUGUGGCAAAGAGGCUCUUGACCUGUUCCAGGAGAUGCAAGCAGCUGGGGUCAGACCAAAUGGAUUUACAUUAACUGGAGUUCUAAGCGCAUGUAGCCAUGCAGGUUUGGUCGGGGAAGGCAAGAAGUUCUUUCAUAACAUGACUAAGCAGUAUGGGGUGAUACCCAGAAUCGAACAUUAUGGCUGCCUGGUUGAUCUCCUCAGCCGGUCUGGGCUGCUCGAUGAAGCAUAUGACCUGGUCAAGUCUAUGAGAAUGAAACCCAACAUUGUUGUUUGGGGAGCUCUUCUUGGUGGUUGCAAGAUCCAUAAACAGAUUCAACUUGGGGAGCACAUAAUUGAGCACAUUUUGCAGCAGCAACUAGUGAACCCUGAAGAUAAUGGUGGCGUAUAUGCUUUGAUCUGCAACAUGUACGCUGCAUUUGGCAACUGGAAGGAUGCAGAAAGGAUGCGACACAUGAUUAAAAUAAAACAAGUUAAAAGGACUCCAGGUUCAAGCCUGAUUGAGGUGGGGGACAUGGUUCAUGAGUUUGUUGUAGCAGACAAGUUGCAUCCCCAGAGACAGGAAAUCCUUGAGAUGCUUGGUGAGAUCUUUCAGCAACUUGAAGCAAUUGGAUACCGAGCAAACACCUCACCUGUGUUCUAUGAUAUAGAGGAAGAAGAGAAGGAAUGUGCUAUUAGGUACCACAGCGAAAAAUUGGCUAUUGCUUUUGCUCUAAUGAGUUUGUGUUCAGACGUUUCUGUCAGGAUUGUGAAGAACCUGAGAAUUUGUGACGAUUGUCACAACUUUGCUAAGUCUGUUUCGGAAGUGUAUGGCCGAGAAAUAAUUAUAAGGGAUAAAGCUAGGUUUCAUCAUUUCAAACAGGGUUCAUGUUCGUGCAUGGACUACUGGUGACUGACAAUAGACAAAGAACUCAUGGUCUCAAAGUUUCAAAGCUCAUUUGUCACUGAUCAGUAGAACAGAACGUGCCGUAAUUUUGCUAUAGCAUUCAGUAAAGAACAAGCUUGCCUUCAUAUACCAUAUCAGUCAUUCAAGAAUGGGGAUCCACCUGCGUGAGCAACCCAACUUUUGAUAUAGAUUUCCUUUAAUACAGCCAUAUCGAUAAAUGGGAUAAGUAUAUAUAGGCAGCUCAAAUUUCAGUUCUUUGCAUCUGCUUUUCCUCUUUGGAAGUAUUGGGAUAUUAUAACGGCAAACUUCUAAAGGGUCCUGUCUGCAAGGAGGAGUUCCGCCAAAUGUACAUGGCCAGAAUGUAUAUUCUCCUGGUCAACUUUGUUUCAAGCAUCUGGAAUCCGGAUAUGGAACAUCAAAGUAUUUGGGCAUGAUAUCACAAAAUGAAAAAAAUGGAAGGUUAAGAUACCAUAUGAAGUGGAUGCUUGGUGAUAUAUAACCAUCCUCUUCAUGUGUCCCCUUUGCUGGCUUAAGCUGGAGGUUUAUAAAGGACACAGAAGGCAGGAUACACGCAGAACUAGAAACAGGAUUCUCGAUGAGUGGUGUCUUUCUAUUUCAGCAAUUAUUAGCCUCUAACUUCAUGAAUAUACCAUUGUCCAAACUCCAAAGGAAUGAUCUGGCUAGAAAUUACUGGAGGAAGCUCCAUAGAGCAUUCCUGAGACUGCCGGUACUCAUUCAUCCAUGAUCAAUGAGGCAGUACAGCUGCAGAAAAAGAGUUAGCAAGAUCUGAUUCGUUUGCAGCUUGAAGCUACAAAAGUUUUCACAUCAAAUAUUCAUUAAUGAAGGCUCUAGAGCGAAACAAUUCUGAGGCUCUGCAUCUACUUGUUCCCCCAGCUUGUCUAUUAAAAGGUACAACGAGGUAUUGACGCAUAUAUGCAACCGCAAAUGAUGAUACUUCUUGCGUAUGGGAUGGUAGCCAUAGAGAGAGCUUGUUUUGGAUUAAGAAUGAGCAAAUUUAGAUGGUUCUAUCACCGGAGUCAGCAUUAGCAAAAAGUAAAUAGUACAAAUGGAAACCGCAGUAGUGCUUGCUUUUAUUUUAAAAGCCCUUGCAAGCUGAUCCUCUAGGCCUUUGUCCCUUCGUGGCCAAGUGUGAAAUUUAAAGAUGGUUAUAAACCAAAGCUAAAGCAGAAACGUACAAAAGUUUCCAGUUCCUGCUACACCGUUGAUAUGAUCACAGUAGUGCAAGUUACUUGCUGAGGAAAGAUAAUCCUCUUUUGUACUGGUUUCUUUCUUUCCUUUUUUCAUUUCAAUGUUAAGAACUGGGCUUAGCAGAUUGCAGCAAGUUAUGUAAAGAAAUAUAUCUCGAGUGUUGAACAUUAUGCCUCUACCUUAAAGGUUAUUAAGUCUAA